AUGUCACCACCAACUCCCGGGCGGGAUUGGGAGUCUCUUCCUGUCGAAAUCUCACUAUCCAUUCUUAAAGAGCUUUCUGAUCUAACGGCUCUACACAACUAUCUCGAAGCCUCGCCCGCCGCAGCCCGCGUUUUUGAUACAUAUGGCGCCGAGAUUGUUGAGGCGAACCUGGCCUCGGGUGCCGUCCAUCGGUACACCGGCCCAUUGAUCCGCAUGUCGGCUUAUAUACGUGCCGGUGUGGAUCUACCGGGGGUUUCCAAUCUGAAAGACUUUCAACACAUGGGCAAUUCCGAGACCACGGAGCAUACCUACAAGCCCCCGCACUGGACACGGCCGCCGCUGCGCCUGGACGCUUCCAUUGUGCCCGCCUCGGUCCUGCGCGGCGUCCUCGUCAGCCACUACCGCCUCGAGCGCCUCAUGGUGGGCUGUCUGUCCACGUACUUGGCGCGCUUCCGCAACAUGCCGCCGCCCAUGCACGUGGCGGAUGAAGACUUUGUCUGGGAGAGCGAGUUCCGCGGGCCCAACAAGACCGAGUUCGUCGGGGCCUGGGAGCAGCAGCCCGCGGCGGUGCCCGUGGUUAAGCGCGACGAAGGCCCGCCAAAGUGGUGCGAGGAGCAGCGCGUGCUCCGCGCCUCGUGGCGGCUGCAGGUCCACGAGGACCUCAAGGCCGCGGCGGCGGCCGGCGAGCUGAACUGGCCGGACUCCGAUGUCUGUGGUGUGCAGAGAUUCGAAACCAUUUAUCUGCUGAAUCCGACCUGUGCAGGUUGGUUCAACAAGAAUUCUGGUACGACCGAUUGGCUGCGACAGUUGAUUUGUCUCGAGGACGAGCUCGUGUAUACGGUGAUGGACUAUGUCGAGGACAUGGAAGGGGUUGCCAACAUUACUGCUGCCGCGGCGCUGGAUACUCUGCCCAAGACUAGGGACUAUCCGGCGCCGGUUUCUUGUCGUCAACAUGUCUUGGAGGUGGAGAGUUACUGGUCGGAAAUGAUGACCGUCUUGGAGGUGGUGCACAAUCCCGACGAUAGCCAUCACGCCUACGGCGAGGUCUCGCCCUUGCAGCGCGUCCCGUGGGACUUUUAUCGACGCCGGGGGUUUGCCUUUUGGUGUGAGGCGAGGAUGCAGGGCUAUGGACUUAUUGAUACGUGGCCGCGUUUCGCUCCCGUUACGACGCUGCCCGAAGUCAAAUGUGCUCCCUUUGAAUGGAACUCACUGUUCCUGGCUUGGCGGAGCGUGCUUACAGAAGGCGAGUUGGCCGAGGCGAACAGGAUCAAUGAGAAGGGUCAAGCAGAGGAACUACUUCCGACACCGCGAAUGACUGACAGGUAUUGUUCUGUACUUAGGAAUAUAACGCCCGAUGUCUUUCGAGCACCACAUGUCGAUACAUAG